UAACUCAAAGAGAACCAAACAUUACGAAGAAUAAGGGCUUCCUUUAAACGUACAAUUGGAUCAAAAUAAUCCUUUAGCAGAUGUUAUUUUGGCGUGACUUUAAUUAGGAUUUUAUGUAGCUUCUUAUAAGUUAUUUUUAGUUCAUUUUAAUUUAAAAUUGUUUCUUUGAACAAAUUUCAUUGUUAAUCAUGGCAGAUAAUGAACAGCGUGGUAUUAUGUUAGUAGCUGAAGCUGAGAAAAAAUUAAAAUCUGCUCAAGGAUUUUUUGGAUCAUUGUUUGGGAGCUCAACUAAGAUUGAAGAUGCAUGUGAAAUGUACCAACAAGCAGCCAAUGCCUUUAAAAUGGCCAAAAAAUGGACUGCUGCUGCAAAUGCAUACUGUGAAGCAGCUGAGCUGCAUAUCAAAUCUGGAAGUCGGCAUGAUGCUGCUUCGAAAUAUGUAGAUGCUGGCAACUGUUAUAAAAAAACAGACCCUCAAGAGGCUAUUAGUUGUCUCAUGAAAGCUGUUGAACUAUAUACUGACAUGGGUCGUUUUACUAUUGCUGCAAAACAUUUGAUAAGCAUUGCUGAACUAUAUGAAGUAAAUGAUAUUGAAAAGGCCAUAAGCUGCUAUGAGCAAGCUGCCGAUUAUUAUAGAGGCGAGGAGUCAAACAGUUCUGCCAAUAAAUGUCUACUGAAUGUUGCUAAGUUUUGUGCUCAGUUAGAACAAUAUGAAAAGGCCGUUGAGAUCUAUGAACAGAUAGCUUCAUCAUCUUUAGAAAGUUCCUUGUUGAAGUACAGUGCAAAAGAGUAUUUCUUCCGUGCUGGACUUUGUCAUCUUUGUAUAGAUUUACUAAAUGCUCAGCAUGCUGUUUCAAAAUAUGAAGAAAUGAGCCCCAAUUUUUCUGAUUCUCGAGAAUGCAAGCUCUUGAAAGAACUGAUUGAAAAAAUGGAAGAUCAAGAUAUUGAUGGAUUUACUGAAGCUGUUAAGAACUAUGAUUCAAUAUCCCGUUUAGAUCAGUGGUAUACUACAAUAUUACUACGCAUUAAGAAGUCCAUACAAGAUGCCCCUGAUUUGCGUUAAAAGUACAUUGUAAUGCUUCUAAGUAAAGCGUAUGACAGUUCUUUGUGAUACUAUUUUUAUUGCAAAUUUUGUCUAUGUAUAUAUAAUGAUUAUUGUAAAUAUUUCUAUAAACAUGUAAUUUUCCUACUUGUUCAUAUAAUUCUUCCUUUUUUUUCCCCCCCUACCAUAGAUUAAAUAUAAUUGUAUGUAUACUCUUGUAAUAAUUUAAAUUGUGCAUCUUUUUACCUAGCCAUUAUUAAAGAAAUUAAAUUUUGAAUAUAAUUGCUCUUUUUGAUGUUAAAUUUUGUUUAAUUUAAAAAGAACAUACUUUUGGACUAAAUAAAAUUUUUUUGCCUGUUACUAUACAAAAUUCCUGGCAAUGGAACCUCUGAACUAUGCCAUUAUGAUAUUUUUACCAAUUUGAUUAAUAAAUUUUUGAAUUGUUUAAUUAUUGAGUAAUUUUUGUUACACCAGAAUUGGAUAUAAAGUAUUUUUUUUUUACUUUAUUCUGUAGUGUAAUUUAAAAAUAUAUUUGGGUAUAUAUAUAUUGAUAAUGCAUAAAUACAUACAGUUUUGAGUUAUUUUUUACAAGAGGAUGAUACUUUAGCAUGAAACUGUUCAUGGAGUACAUUGUUUAUUACCGUUAAUAGUUUUUUUCUUUUGAUUUUUUUGCUCCAUUAUAUGUAUAAAAAAAUUAUUCCAAAUGAUUUUGCUAUUAUAUUUUUUCCAAAAGAAGUAUUUUGAAAUAAGAAAUUGGAUCAGUGUCUUUGAUGCUGAUUCAUGAUAGAAGAAACAUACACACAUGUAAAUAUUGGAAUACAUGAAAUUUUGUCAAAAAAUUAUAAAUAGUUAAAUAAGUGAUUUUUUUCUAUAGCAUUUAGAAAUAAAAAUUGUAAUUUUUUGUUUAUAUUUUAAUUAACAAAUUGUAUUUUUUGAUUAAAAUUUUGCCCAAAUAAAA